CGUAUAUUAUAUGGAUAAAUAUAUCAGACUGUCUUUCAUAAAUUAAUACCUAGCUAAAGAAGUACAGCCUAGUUAUGACAGACAUUAAUUACUCCCCAGCCAGUCCGAGGUAUUUAUUUUAUGAGCUAAAUCACACCACCGGACAGAGUGAAUUAUUUGACUAAAUCGGUUGCUGUUUCAGUGAGUUUUCGUAUUUCUCUCCCAUAUGUUGUGAUUGCACUACAUUUCCCAUGAGGCUAUGCGGAAAGGGAGCGCGCGAACUAGGAAUAUAAAAAAGCUGAUUCUUUCAGUAAAAGUCAUUAAAUAUAAGUAAUAAGUUAUUUCAUAUCAGACAAUAAAGGUCCCCAUCAAAAACCACAUAAAACAAAAAUAAUAAAGUCCUAGUCGAGUUCGUGUUCUUUAAAAGACAAACAUAGCAGGAGUGCGUUCACUGCCAGCGAAUCGGCACGAAGUAACCGAACAGAAGAAGGAAACGGCGCAAAGACUAACAUCACUUAUUAAAUCGGGUCGAUUGAUCCGCCUGUUUAAUACUCAAGUGGCUGAUUUUCCCAGCAGCUGAUGGCUGAGCUUCACCGCAGAGCUGCCAGCUCUGUUAUUCCAUUAUAAACUUAACACUAACUGCAUUAAAAGCGUCGGGAAGUUUGCAAACCCUACCGACUAUUUACAAGGUGCGGGUGGGGAAUCCCCUGCUUUAUGCGUCACAGAGGGAGAUGACGUCACUCUGCUGUGUAAAACGGUACCUUAUCCUAACUGCUCCUCAACUACGUGGCUCUAUGCUGGGAGGUCAAACAGAGCUAUCGAUGAACUGGUCGCUCAUGGGAAGAUCAGAGACCCACAGAAACACAGGAGACUAAGUUUGCUGACUGACUGCUCUCUACACAUUAAUAAUGUCAGCGCCGAAGACGCUGGAUCGUAUACAUGUCGGCAGUUUAUCAAUGGACAGAAAUACGGAAAUGAUGCUGCUGCUUCCCUGUCUGUUCUUACCGUGAGAAAGUCGCAGUCCGGCGGCACCAUGACCCUGCAGUGUCUCCUGUACACUCAUGAUGGACGGUGUCCCCCAUUUCACAAUGUGACUCUGUGGUGGGUUAGUGACACAGACCCCCCGGGACAGAUAGAUCCCAGCUCCCAGACACACACAGACGCCUGUAUCUCCACUCUGCCGAUUGACCAUCGGAGGACAGAGAAGGACCAGAGGAAAUGGCGAUGCCAGCUGCUGGAUACGGGGAAGGUGAAGCUGACAUCCAGCCCUGAACAGGGUCGUGGUAAAACUACAGGAAACAAACACAGACCUACAGUGAAAACACCCACAGCCAUUUCUGUGACUGUUUGUCUUUCUCCUACAAAAACUCAACUGACAGACAGUCCUGAAGACAACAAUGACUAUAAGGGAACUACAUUGAAGACACCAACUCACACUGGUUCCCAUACUAACCAUACAAAUCACACAACUGUAGAUGUACCAACUACUGGAGCAGUGCUCCCCGUCAGGCUCUCCUUCUUCUUCCUGGCCCUGAUCGUCCCUCUGGUCACUGGAGCUGCAGUUUACACCAAGAGGAAGAGGAGCAUCACUCAGUGCAGUGACCGCACCAGCAGCGUUUCUUUCCAUAGGCGACAGGCUGAUGAAUGAAUAUUACCUGCGAUGUGGCAGAUAUACAGCGUGUUGAGAGACACUGUUACAUGUGUAAGAUCUGUUAUGCAUGUGAUUCCUAUUUGAAAAUGCGCUGGCUCAGGGUUACUUACUGUACUUCUAAUGUUAUUCCAGCUUUGAUGCUAAUCAGAUAUUGCAUUGUUUGCAGCAUCUAUCGAUAAAUCUGUAUUUUACUGAA